AAGGAAAAUAUAAGAGGUGAGAUUAUUAGUAUCCUAGAAACAUGUUGAAGGUGUUGGUUACAGUUUUUUCUCUGUUGGUGAUUCUUGCAACAAACAUGUUGAUAGUACCUGUGCACGGCCGCCGCAAUACUGUGCGCAUUACAAAUGAUUUGAAGGGUAGUGGUUUCACUCAGCUCUUAGUCCAUUGCGGUUCAAAGGAUGAUGAUCUUGGCAUACAUUAUCUUCAAAGUGGACAGUCCUUUCAAUGGUCCUUUAAAGAUAACAUUUGGGGCACUACCUUGUUUUGGUGCCACUUGGGAUGGAACAGUGUGAGCCAGACUAUUACUGCUUAUAGGUACUCAGACGAUUCAUGUGGAUCGCAAUGCUGGCGAAGUAUUAGACCUGAUGGAGCUUACUUUUACUCGGCAGAACCCUUUAGGCGCUGGGACAAGAAAUACUCAUGGUGAAAGCUCUAAGCCAUUAGUAGUUUUCUAUCUAAUGGAAAAAUAAAAAUAAAAAUUAUUAAGCAUUACAAACUAUGUUUUAUUAAUAAAUGUAGCUCUUUAUCUGUUUUACUAAUUAAAUGAAAUUUUAUUUU